AACAGCAUCUCUUUACAUAUUAAGAGAUAUUUGCCGUUUUAGUGUCUAAUUCGCGUGUAUAGUAUUAUUAUUUAAUCAACAUCAUUUCCCACUAUUGUGCAUUCUCUUGUUAGUUUAUUUUCAUUUAGUGAAAAUUUUUUGUUUAUUUAUUUAUUUUUGUGUUAAGUGAUAUCAAUUGUUGUGUAACAGUUUUUACUUUUAGAUAAUUUUAUUUUUAAUUAAUUUCAGAAUGCAGCUAAAAUCAUGUUGUGGAUGUUAUUCCACAAAAGUGGGAACAAUUAUAACAGGUGCCUUAGGAAUUAUAUUAUCAAUACUGACAAUAAUUAUAAUACUGACGACAGAUUUUCGGUAUCGAACAAUCAUUAUUGAUACAUUACCAACAUGGAUUGUAAAAAUUAUUUUGACAAUAAAUUUAAUAAUGACAAUAAUUUUAUGUGCAUUAUUAAUUUUGGGUGCGAAAAAGAGAAAUAUGUAUUACAUGUUACCAUGGGUUGUUUUGGGAUUAGUUCUUGCAAUUGGACUUCUAGUAUCUGUAAUAUACACAUCAGUCGUAUUUUUCCUGGAUGGUGAUAAUUUCAAUGGCGUAUUUUCAUUAGUAUUCGGAAUAAUUUUCUUCUGUGUUUACGUGUACUUAUGGCUCGUCGUAUUUAGUUUCUUCCAAAUUGUCCGUGAAGAAUAUGCAAGAGGUGUUUAUAAACAACCUUUCCUACGAUACCCACCAAAAGUUUAAAAUGAUUCAAAUGAAAAUUUGUGUCGCUUAAUCAUCAACCACGAUGUACUAAAAGGUCCAACAAAAUUUUGAUACAUCUUGUCUACUUAUUUUCAAAACAUAAUCAAAAUUAAAGACAUAAUUAAGUGAAUUUAUUUUGCAUUGAGCCUGCUUUUGCUUCAAACAAUUUAAUCUGGAAAAAAAGAAAGCGAGGUCUCAUUUCAAAAUAAAUGCACUCUUAUUUGUAUGUUUAUGCAAGGACAACUUUGGAUCUUUGAACUUAACUAUUCUAAUUUAUGUUUAAAAGCACUUUAAUGGUCUGAAAAUUAAGUAAAAUAUAUACAAAAAAUUAGUGCCUUAA